GAGCCCCACCCAUUAUCAUGGAGUUGACAACAACAACUAUCAACCAAGGACUAGGCUACGCUACAAAAGGAGACAGGGCCUCUCUAGAGGGACUGGCCAAUAAGAAAUACGACCUCACUAGGUUCCUUGAUAGAUAUGGAGCUGGUAUAGUACACUAUGCUGCAAGAGCUGGUAAAACUGGUCUUAUUGCUUGGCUAGUACAGUCCAAAGGUCUGAGUGGCAGUAAACCAGCUAAUAAUGGAGCCACUCCUGCUCAUGAUGCUGCAGCUACUGGCCAACUGGAAUCACUCCAAUGGCUCGUUCAGUUUGGAGGCUGUUCCCCCAACUCUAGGGAUGCUUCAUUUGCCACUCCAUUACAUCUUGCUGCAAGAUUCAAUAAAGUAUCAGUGGUGAUGUGGUUAGUUGAAUCAGGUAGCUGUGAUCCAGUUGAUAAAGCUAAAGGAGGAAUUACUCCAUUACACUUGGCAUCAGCAAAGGGAAGCAUUGACACUGUUAGGUGGAUAUCACAACAUUCUAAAAGUGCUGUUAAUAAAAGGGCAGAUAAUGGAGCAACUCCUUUAUACUUUGCUGCUCAAGAAGGUCAUCUGGACUGCUUAAAGUAUUUAGCAAAUCAAGUUGAUGCUAAUCAUCGGUUGCGUGCAACUGACGGCAUGGCUCCUGUGCAUGCAACAGCUCAAAUGGGAAAACUUGAUUGCCUAGUUUGGUUGGUUGAGGAGUGUAAGGUACCAGUGUCUGAAAGGGAUAAUGAUGGAGCUACUCCCUUACAUUAUGCAGCAGCUAGAGGACAUACUAAUGUUAUACAAUGGUUACUGGAUAAUGGAGCUAGCAUGGAUCAGGAUGAUCUUGGAGGGACUCCAUUACAUGAUGCUGCUGAGAAUGGACAAAUUGAAGCAAUUAAAUUGUUAAUAUCCUAUGGAGCUGAUCCUAAUGUUAGAGAUAGCGAUGGUCUUACUCCUGCUGAUCUAGCUGAAGAUUGCAAUUACAACGAAUGUGCUGCUUACCUUUCUAAUGUUCCCAUGAAACCAGUCAAACAAAUUCAAAUUAAGCUCUCUGAUUCAACUGAGCCAUUCUCAGCAUCAUUAGUCAAUUCAGUACUUGAAGUUAAUAAACAAUCAACAACAGCAACAACAAGUAGCAGUAAACAAGACACUAGCACAACUGAUGGAGUGGCCAGUUUCAAUAACGUAAAGAAGUCAACUAACUCUCUUAAUGUAAAGGAAAGCAAAAAUGAACUGAGCAGUGCAUUCAAGAAACUCAACCCUGUGACCGUUAAAGGAAUGGAAUAUGAAGCUGAGGUGGAUGAGGAUGGAAUGAAAAUGCAGAAUCCACUACUAAUGGAAGAAGUGAGAAUAUUUGAUAAAUCCGUUCUAUCAAACACACCUCUACUAAAGAGGAACUUGCAACCAUUUAAAUAUGGAAAAAUCUUACAAACAAAUGGAGAAAGUGAGCCACCAGUUGCUAUCAAGACUCAAGUACAAGGACCUGUUCCUGAAUCUCCUCUUCUAGUUUCUGGUGAGCGGGUUACAGUAGCACAGACCAGUUCUGAUAGAGUUGCCAUUGGGAGAACUGCUGGAUCUGAUGAUGGAGACAGUAAAGUACCUUUAUGGAAGAGGAACUUGAUGAGAAAAAGACAAAAAGAAGAAGAACAGAAACAAGCAAAGCACAAAAAUGAAGAUGAAUCUGCUGCUGAAGAUAAGUAUGCUGAUGUACCAGAAUGGAAAAAGAAGAUACUAAUGAAGAAAGAAGAGCAAAGGGCAAAGCAAAGAGCGAUUGAGAAGGAAAGGCUGAGAGAAGAGAGAGAAAAACAAGAGAAGUUUGAUGCACUUCCUGACUGGAAGAAGAAGAUAUUAUUAAAGAAGAGAGAAGAAAAGGAAUAGAAUAAUUAGUGUAUUGUAAUUUCAGUUCAUUUACAUUAAGAUUGAUGAAAUUAA